AUGGCUGCUCUCUUGACUGGGUCACAAGGCUUUAAAACGGGCGACGGUAAUUGCACUGCACCGACGCCGUACAGGCAGGGCACUAAAGCAAGGCAAAAAAUACGCCAUUCAAACACGGCAAACCAAAGGCGGCGGCGAAUCAAGUGAGAGAGUUUUAUCAUGAUGUGUUUAAAGUUUUACCUCUUUUUUUCCCCACACUUCCCCUCAUUCUUACAAAGCACUCUCUCGGCCCUUUCGCCUCAAGUUUCUCGCUUACACUUUCACAUUUUUAAUCAAUAGGGUUCUAGCAGCAAUUAACUAAACAAACUCAAGCUGAUUUGACAGUAAUCGGCAGCAAAAACUUCUUACCUUCCGAUCGACAUCCUUCUCAUUUCACUCAAACAACCACCAUCUUCACCCCGUAACUUUCAUACACAAGAUGCCGCUUUGUACGCUUCAUUUGGUGCAAUUAUACCGUCAAUCGGAAGAAGAACCAAUAUUCGCAGCUAGGAGAAGAUUCUUGCACAAAUUAUUGAGCAAAUCCAACGGAAAUGAUCUCAACGAUCGUCUGCUUUCAGCAUGUGUCGUUCGUCGUUCUGUCAUCAUGGCCACGAGAAUAGAUCAUGUCCGCUUAAACAAAACUGCAUGGGAUCUGGUCCUGGUAAUGAAAGGAUCAAAAGACGAAAAAGCGGAUCAAGCACAACCUCUCACACUGGAAAAUCAUCCUUUGACAAAAGCGGAUAUUGCUAAUGAGUAUACACUUCCUAUUGGUGUUCCCACAAGGCUUGCUGAAGGGUAUAAAUCCAGGACGGAACAACUCAAUGCGGAAGCCAAAAGAUCUGAGCACCUCUCAAUAGAAUCACUCGAACGAAAACCUGCACGUUCAGUAGAACAAUAUCCACCUAAAACCAGUCAAAAUCUUGAACAUUCAGAAGAUUUGGCUCAGCUGAUCGAAGAUUUGAACAAGUUAGGGACAAGUGACGGAUUGGCUGAUGGUCGUGGUCCUGUUCAACAAUUGAACUUCUUGGCAUUCAAUCGCUCAAAAGAAGAUAAGGAGCGCUACUACCAAUACGGCAAAGGGUUCACUCAAGCUGCUAAACCGUUUGGAGGUGAACCAAAGAUCUUGGCCAAAGUGGUAAACGCCGAAGAACAACAAAAAUGGCAAGAAGUAAGUCUCGUGAAUUAUUAUUCACUUUCUCAUUUUGCCGGAAUGGCAGCAAGUGAAGAAUAUCAAGAAAUUAAUCGAAAGUACAGGUUACCUUCUUUGGAUGAUACAACAAUCUUUUGUACGCAAGAGGUUGAUUUGGAUGGUUUACGUAAACGUAUUCAAAUUCCACAAUCUCAAGCGAACCUAUGAGGGAUUCGAACAUGGAAAUUGUGUAUAGAUGCUUAUAUAUAUAUUACAUUGAAAUUUG